AGAGUCCCGUAUGUUUUCAAAAAUCGAGGUCUUUCGGGGUUGUUUGGUCGCGUUACUGCUUCCGACCAUCUUAAGGUCCGUUAUGUCCAGUGAAGAUCUCAUUUCUGUGGAUUAUGAAAUUUUUGGCAGAGUGCAAGGUGUAUUUUUUCGAAAAUACACUCAAGCUGAAGGGAAGAAGCUUGGCCUGGUUGGUUGGGUUCGAAACACACCAGCAGGAACAGUCCAGGGCCAGCUACAAGGUCCACGGAGCAAAGUGCAACAAAUGCAAGAAUGGCUGAAAUCGACUGGGAGCCCCAAGUCACGCAUCACCAAGGCCGAGUUUGAGAACGAGAAAGCAAUUGGCAACCUAGAGCACUCUUCUUUUAAAGUUGUCCAUUGAAAUGACAUGUUGUACUUGUAAUAUUAAUAUUUAAACUUUUAUUUAUUUAGUUUCAUUAACAGCAAAA